AUGGCUCUGGAUCUCAUGACACAAGAUGGCGACACAAUGUGCAAGCAGCUAAACCUACUAUCUGCUGCCACCAGAUCCUUCAACGGUAAACUUGCUCAAAUGGCGAGAGUCGAGCUGCCGGGCAUGAGAUAUUCUGCGGAUGAGAUUCCGGAGAUGCCGGUCAACAAGAGCCCAGCUUCGAAGCGCAACGUCUGA